GUGCAUAUUAUAUUUUGAUGGAAUUUGGCUCAUUAAUUUGGGGAAUAAAACUUCGUUAUUGUUAAAAAAUCACAAAUUUUGAGAAAUGUCUUCCUAUUACAGGAUUUUAACAAAAACUGACAUAUAGGUGUAUCAAGUUAUUUCAAAGUGGUAGAAAAAACGUCAAAACUUACUUUUUGUUAAAAAAUCACAAAUUUUGAGAAACAUCUUCUUGUGGUAGGAUGUCAUCAAAAAUUGAUAUAUAAUACAGGCAUAAUAUGCAUUUCAAAUUGUUUCCUCGAGUCAAAAUUGUGUUAAAAACUUAGUUUUUGUUAAAAAAAAUGAUAAACUCUGAGAAUAACAUUUUUUGCUAGGAUGUAAAUGAAAAAGGUAUCAGUUGCUAUUACGAAAUGACUCUCUGUGUCAAAAUUAUCGAUUGCCCAACAUUUACCAUAAAGCACACAAAAAUACAUAGUGCUUGGAUUUUAACAAAACAUAUAAUAAUCGAGAACACAACCUAAAUUAAUUGCUGGUGUCAAAAUUUAUGAGAAUUUGCUUUGUAUGCACCAAUCUCUUUGCCUCACAUAAAAAUCGGAAAGCGGGGCCCUUGUUGACAUGUCAGUUUUCUCUAGUUUCCUAUAUUUUUAUUCCAUGUCUAUUGACAUUUCACUAAAUCGGUCGCAAUAUAGAUUAAUAAGAACGAACAGAAGAAUUUUCAGUUAAUGAUAAACUAAACAAGACUUUACCACCAUAUAAUGUUUAUUUAAACUUUGAUUAGCAUUUAAAUUUGGGAAAUAUAUCAGCUUAUUAGAAAUAGAACUGUUUUUUUUUACUUACCAAAUCUAAAUAGAACAUCCUUCGUGAAAAAAGAGGUAGAAAAUAUAAAGAAGACACUCAAAAACCGUAAGUCGAAAAAAAACCAAUACCAUGAACAAAAAGAAAAACCGCAAUCAUUCGAAUUGUAUCUAUGAAAAUGUUGAUAGGAUAUGAUUGCAGGUUAUGAUCUGAUUAAGUAUAUUUAAAAUGUGGUAAUAUUAGUGUGCAGUUCAAAUAUAUCAUUUUUGAAAAUUUCUGCCAAAAGAUCCUCCUUGUUGUUUCAUAAAAAUUCAAAACUGAAGAAACUCAUACUUAUUUAGUUAAAACAAUGCCAUCAUGUUUGUGUAUUCUUAGUUCAAGGAUUUGUGGCUCAAAAUUUAAAAGUACAGAUUAGGUCGCCAUGCAAGUUGUGGCCGAAAGUGUUCCUCUACGCGCAUCAUGUAAUUCUGCUGUAUGUAUGAUUUUUCAUAUAACUAAUUUUAUCUGAGACAACUUUUUUUUAUUGAAUUGAGUAAACAUUCUAACAUUGACACAUCUUUUUCACGUGUCAUAGUUGAACUUCACAUUUAUUUAUCUAAUUUAUGAUUUUGAAUUUACGCGGGUUAAACACCAUCGACUAAUAUUUAUUAAAUAUAGAUCAUGUGAGUAUUUAUGGUAUGUACAUAGAUAUUCACACUUGUGUACAAGUCAUGUGAUCGUUCAUUUUUAUAUUUAUCAUGUUUAUUAUGUGCACAUGUUGAAACUGUCUCGCACAGAAAAUGGAGAAGCCACAGAAAGGAAAGUAUGAAUUUGGACCGAUUACAGAAAAAGACAUUGUCGUAAGCAUCAAACAACCUGGGAAUGCUGAUACUGAAGUCCUUAUUGUUGAAGAACAAGAGAUAAGACUCUCCUUCCAAAGGUUAGGGGUUAUUCCAGAUCCAAGAAUUCUUAUUCCGUCGUUUAAAGAAAUGGAGUGUUAUGAUGACGAUAUAUUUAUUUGUGCUUAUCCAAAAUGUGGUACACAUUGGGUUUGGGAGAUGUGUCAGAUGAUAAUAAAAGGUAAAGCUGAAUACCACUCAAAAGCUAAAGAAUCAUGUAUGGUGGAAUUUCACCUGCCAGAGGAAUACAAAGAUAUCCCACGUCCCAGAAUAUUCAACACUCACUUUACACCAGUAUGUCUUCCAAAACAAGCCGUUGAAAAGAAAUCCAAGUUCAUUUUACUUCAUCGAAAUCCAAAGGACAUUGUUACUUCACUGUAUCACCAUAUGGUCAAGACGAAGAUAAAUAUGGACAGUACUACAUCAUGGAGCCAAUUUCUGCAAUAUAUCCUCAAUAAUGAUCGGGAGGUGAGUUCGAAUUGGUUCUUUUAUAACAAGAGAUGGACUGAGUUUACAUCAUCUAACGACCUUGAUGUAUUUGUUAUGAAUUACGAAGACCUUCAAAUAGAUGCAGUGUCAUGUCUUUCAAAACUAGCCAAUUUCAUUGGAUAUCCCAGAGAUGAAAAGAUAUUACAAGAAAUAAAGGAAAAAUGCAGUUUGAAUAAAAUGAAAGACGCAGAAAAGGAAAGAGACAGUGGAACAGCGGUUGUCAAUUCAGAACAAGUAUCAGAUUUAUAUAGAAAAGGUGUUGUUGGUGAUUGGAAAAACCAGUUUACUGUUGCUGAAAAUGAACAGUUUGAUGCUCAUCUCAAAGAAAACAUGAACGGAGAACAUUUAAAUUUUAAAUAUGAAAUUUAAACUAUAUUACAGACGUUUUCUUGCGUUUUUUUUCUGGCGUUUAAUGCAGCUGAUCACUUGAUCCAUUUAGUAUUAAAUAUAGUAUAUCUAGUCAUACCAAAGUGA